AUGCUAUUAAAAUUGCUGUGUAUUUGCUUAGUUUCAGCCUACUGUGUUCAGAAUCAAAGUGCAUCCGUGGCCAGUCAUGAAAUAUCGAUUCUUUUCGUGAUUUUAUCGCAAAAUGCUGACUAUGAUGCUCGUAGAACUUCGAUUUUAUUCGAUUCCCUGAGGAAGCAAAUUUCGGAGAAUACAAAUUUGCAUGCCGAUAUUUUGAGGACGUAUGAAGAUCUGCCGGGACUAACUGGAGCCUGGGCAGUAUGGCCGAUGUUGGAAAGCCUAUCUCGAAAAUAUAAGGAAACGUUGUGGGAUUGGUUAUUGAUUUGUGAGCCGGAUACUGUAUUGAAUGUUAGUGCAUUAAUCGGAUACCUGAAUUCUUUCGACCGCAGUAUGGUUCAUGUAAUUGGACGAGGAUUGAGUGAUAAAACCAGUACAAUAAUUCAUCAUUUUUUCAAAUAUGAGAACGACGAGCAAUAUUUUCUUUAUCCUGAUUUUGCCGCUGGGCUAGCACUUUCGUGGACUUUACUCCGAGAUGUUGAUAUCCUUGCUUGGAAAGGUUUCACAAUCGAUGCAAAGCACGAAUUUGCCAGGCUAUUGAAAGAUAAACAUGAUAUUAGAUUAAGCAACACGCUAUCUUUCUGCCUUUUGGACUACGAAUCACCAUGUAUUACUCGGUACGUACAACCGGACUUCAAGUGCAUAAAUAAAAUAACCAACAAUGAUGUCUAUUUUGCGGUCAAAACCUUUAGCGAAUUCCAUAAAACGCGUAUAGUAAUUGUAAAGCGAACUUGGGCGAAAACGGCGAAAUUUUUAGAAUAUUUUAGUGACAUGGAAGAUCAUUAUGUACCAACUGUGAAUCUCGGCAUUCAAAAUACGAAAAGAGGGCAUUGUGGAAAAACUUUCGGCAUACUGAAAUAUUAUUUGAAAAACGAUGAAAUGUUAAGAACGAAAUGGUUGGUGAUAGCAGACGAUGACACUUUGAUAAGUGUUCCGAGGCUAUAUGAGCUUUUAUCAUGUUAUGAUGCAGAAAAGGAAAUAAUCAUCGGUGAAAGAUAUGGUUAUGGUUUUAGUACUGAUGGUCGUGAAGGAUAUGAUUAUCCAACUGGUGGUGCUGGAAUGGUAUUUUCGCGAAAAGCAGUGGAAAAUAUUACAACCUUCUGUGGUUGUCCGAAUAUUGAUUCACCUGAUGAUAUGAUUAUCGGGAUGUGCGCACGUCGUCUUGACAUUCCCGUAAUUCACUCCGCAGCCUUUCAUCAGGCUCAACCGGAAGAUUAUUCCGAGCUGUAUCUUAAACGAAUACGGCCUAUAUCAUUUCAUAAGUUCAUGGAUAUAGAUCCAUAUGAAGUUUACAUGGAACGUCUACAUGAAGCAUCCGCUCAAACAGCUAAUCGGCCAGUGCAUUCCGAGCUAUGA